CGCGAGUCGCGUCAGUCGAUAAAAAAACUUCGAACGUGUUGGACGGAAAAACUCGGUUCGGCGGCUAUGCGGGUAUUUUUAAUCUAAGCCAUCAAAUCCACAGCUACAGUGCAUCAAAUCGAUCGGAAAGUCGAGGCAAUAUUUCUGAAAGUGUUUACAAAUCGCUGGCAUCGUAGUCGUUAAUUGCAAAAAGCUUUUCAAAGUAUAAUAAAUCGCGAGCAUAAGCAACCUAAAGUGUUAAACCAAAUGUUAGUCUAAGCCUAAAGUGUAAAACUAGUUUAAGACCACAAAAAAAUAAUUGAAACCAAAACGUGCUAAAUCCAGAAUUUAAACGCGUCUAAACCAAACGCCUUUAAAACCAAACCCUAAAACUACAGUAAAGAUUAUUAGCGAAAGACAGAGAGCUCCAGUGAGAAGCUCUCUUAGGCCCAGAAGGAGCAAAUAUUUCAUCCGCACCGUUGACCCGUAACUCGGCAAAAUAGCUAAGUCCAUUUUGCAGUUCUUGAAAAAGAAAAAGUCCCAUCAUAGUUCCACAUCCGGCGAGGGCAAGCUACAGGCGCAGUCCAGUUGCGAGGAGGAGGGCGGAGCGGCAGCGGGAGGAGCGGGAGCGGCAGCGGGACCCACAGCGGACCAGGCUAGCAGCAGCAGCAGCGGCCCCUCGUCAGCAGCCGCCGCCCAUAAGAGCACGCCCCCCGCCGCCACAACCACUCCCGGUUCGGGGGCGGAAUCAGGAGGAGCUAGCGGAGGAGGAGGAGGCGGAGCAAGCGGCUCCAGCGACGAUCAGGCCCAAGUUUCGGCCAGUGCAACUUUUCGGUUGUCAUCACUAACAGGCACUAUCUCCAAGAUGGGCAACAACGCCACCACGUCAAACAAGAAGGUCGAUGCCGCCGAGACGGUUAAGGAGUUCCUCGAACAGGCCAAGGAGGAGUUCGAGGAUAAGUGGCGCCGCAAUCCGACCAAUACCGCCGCCCUCGAUGACUUCGAACGGAUCAAGACCCUGGGCACCGGGUCCUUUGGCCGUGUCAUGAUAGUCCAGCACAAGCCCACGAAAGACUACUACGCCAUGAAGAUCCUCGACAAGCAGAAGGUGGUCAAGCUGAAGCAGGUGGAGCACACUCUGAACGAGAAGCGCAUCCUGCAGGCCAUCCAGUUCCCCUUCCUCGUCUCGCUGCGCUACCACUUCAAGGACAACUCCAACCUGUACAUGGUACUGGAGUAUGUUCCCGGUGGUGAGAUGUUCUCGCAUCUGCGCAAGGUGGGCCGCUUCUCGGAGCCGCACUCGCGCUUCUACGCGGCGCAGAUCGUGCUGGCCUUCGAGUACCUGCACUACCUGGACCUCAUCUAUCGCGACUUGAAGCCGGAAAACCUGCUGAUCGAUUCCCAGGGCUACCUCAAGGUGACGGACUUCGGCUUUGCCAAGCGGGUCAAGGGACGCACCUGGACGCUAUGCGGUACGCCCGAGUACCUGGCCCCGGAGAUCAUUCUGUCCAAGGGCUACAACAAGGCCGUCGACUGGUGGGCGUUGGGUGUACUCGUAUACGAAAUGGCAGCCGGUUAUCCGCCGUUCUUUGCGGAUCAACCGAUCCAGAUCUACGAGAAGAUCGUCUCCGGCAAGGUGCGAUUCCCAUCGCACUUUGGCUCUGAUCUUAAGGACCUACUGCGCAAUCUGCUGCAGGUGGACCUGACCAAGCGCUACGGCAAUCUAAAGGCGGGCGUCAAUGAUAUUAAGAACCAGAAGUGGUUCGCUUCCACCGACUGGAUUGCGAUCUUCCAAAAGAAAAUCGAGGCGCCGUUCAUUCCUCGGUGUAAGGGUCCCGGGGACACGAGCAAUUUCGACGACUAUGAGGAGGAGGCGCUGCGGAUCUCCAGCACCGAGAAGUGUGCCAAGGAGUUUGCUGAAUUCUAAAGGAGCUCUUCGCCAGUCAGCCCAAUCCCCUCGUUCCGCAGGCGUCUGCAACUGCAAUUGUAUCCGCUACUGCGAUUGUAUCUGCAACUGUUCCUGCUGUUGCCACCGCCGUGGCAUCGCGGACCACGUCCUCAUCGUCGUUGUCGUCGUCUUGUCUAUAUGUCUACUACUUACAACUACAACAACUGUAACAACAGCCUCCCCCCAAACCCACAACACAACAACUAUCUAUCUGUCUGCAUCUACUCCACAUCCAAACACUUUUGCCAAGAUUGGAUUUCUCGCCACACUCAACAAUUUACAUCAACCAUUUCCCUCCGUCUUCAAGUGGGACAGUUCGAGAUAUAAAAAAAAAAGAGAGAAACACAGCCGGAACCAACUUUUCAUCUGGCGUGUGUGUGCGAGAGAAGCCGAGUGGAAGGACUUGGAAGACGAUUUGAAAUCCGGAUACCGAAACAAGAUAUAGAAAACCGAUAAAAUAAUGACUUACACAUUAAUAUUCAUUCAUAACAUAUAGCGUAUUUAACCACGAGACUACAGAUAUUUAGUUGUAAACGUAGCUUAGUCUUAACUAAAGAAUACAAGAGAAACCGAUAAAGAACCAGCAAACAGAAGAAGCAAGUGCAAAGCGAAAGUGAAUGGAAGACACUUAGAGAAAAACAAAGUAAAGAGAGAACAACUUAAGAGGAAAUCCAGGAGAAUUGUCAUCUAAACCAGGGCUAAAGAAUUUCAUUUCAUUUCGAUCGAUCGAUCGGUCACUCAGUCAGCUGCAGAAACAACAAGUUGAGAAGAGUAUAAAACGCUUUAAUAAUUUUUAAAUUAAAUACAAAAGGUUAAAUUUAACACAAAAAUUAUGGCGCACACAGUGUGCUUGACAAAAAAAAAAAAGAAAGAACAACAACAACAACAACAAA